GCUACACUUGCACAAUUUGAAGAGUAGAUGUUUAAAAGCUCUAAACCUUUAAAGGUUCUAUGCUGCUCAUCCUGGGGAGCAGACAAAUGUUCUAUGCUCAGGAUUUAUAGGGCCAUCAUCUGCUCUAAGCUGGACUACGGAUGCAUUAUUUAUGGCUCUGUGCAAGAAUCUACUCUUCGGAUGCUGGAUCCAAUCCAUCAUCAAGCUCUGCGUUUGUGCACUGGUGCCUUCCGCACCUCUCUUGUACAAAGUUUGUAUGUGGAUGCUUAUGAGCCUCCACUAUCACUCAGGAGAGAACAGUUGUCUUUUUUUUAUUAUAUUAAGCAGAAAUCCCAAGCUAAACCUUCAGUUGUUUGUACGAUAUCAGAUACCCAGCUGAUAACAUUAUUUUUAGCUCUUUCAAGCUGUGUCCCUACAUUCAACAUAAGAAUGGAGAAUGUAAGCAGCACGAUUGACCUGGAAAUGGGCAACAUUUCACAGCCCGAGGUUGACGGUAUACCAUUAUGGUCAACUCUUGCAAUAAAUGUUGACUUUAGCUUACAGCAGUUUCCUAAGGAAUCCACUCCAGACUAUAUCUACAUACAGCACUUUGCAGAAAUUCAACACCAAGACAGGAAUUUAAUUCCUAUUUAUACUGACGGUUCUAAAUCGGAUGAUUAUGUUGGCUCAGCCUUCGUUUGUCAGGAUGAAAUUGUGGCAGAACAAAUUGCAUCGAAUUCGUCUAUCUUUACUGCAGAACUGCAGGCUAUUCACCUAGCCUUAAAGUAUGUAAUCAGAAAAGGUCAUCGUCACUGCGUGAUUUACACUGACUCAGUUAGUGCACUUCAGGCUUUGAUCUCGUGUGAACCUAGUUUUCAUUCUAUAGUGAUUAAAAUCCAUAAACUGUUUUGCCAUCUUUGUGCGAGUAAUAUUUUUGUAAAAUUUUGUUGGGUCCCAGGCCAUGUAGGUAUAAGAGGAAAUGAAGAAGCUGACGCAGCAGCAAAGUCAGCAAGUCCUUCUCAGCAUACAAUGCAUAUUGAAGGAGGUGAUUUGAAGCUGGUCAUUAAAAAAUGACCAGCAGAGAGAUGGCAAAAUAUGUGGAACGCACAAGUCCACAAUAAACUACAUGAGAUCAAACCUGUGAUAGAAAAUUGGGCACUUAAGAAACCCUAUGACAGGAGAUCUGAGGUUAUUUUUACUCAUCUGAGUAUUGGACAUACUCGGUUGACUCAUCAAUACCUUUUGAAGGGCGACGAGCAACCAGUAUGCCAGUAUUGCAACUGCUUUCUAAGUAUUAAACGCAUACGGCUUGAUUUCUCUGCUUUUGAGACCAGGAGUAGACAGCAUUUUGGAAAUGUAAGUUUCAAAGAGAUUCUGGGCCAGAUUCCAAAUCUUUAUAAUGU